GCGGGGCUCAAAUAAACAAGGCCUCCUCAAUGCUAUGGUGUGAUCCAAGCUCUCCGCUCUCUCUCUCUCUCUCGCAACACUCCCUUUCACCAUUACUCGUAGCGGCUAUGGAGGAGGAAGUCUGGGACGGCCCCCGCUGGCUGUACGUUUUCCAGAUUUUUGCUUGCAUGUCGGUGCUGUGUAGCCGCGUCUGGAUCAAAGGGAAGUCGCCUUUCCUCGACAGGGUUCCAGCGCUUGGUCGCUUCACCGCGCAGUUCGCCGCUUUCCACUGUCUCUUCCUCUGCGUCUUCCUCCUUGCCUCGUAUCUGACGAUGAGAGAUUUUGGUCGAAUCUUAACUGUAGUCGGAGAUUCCGAUUAAUUGCGAAUCUGAAUCUAUCUUUGAAUUUCGUAAUCACGGCUGUGGACUAACAACAUCCCGCUGACAUUUUCUUCUAGUAUUCGUGGCAGACGGAUUGCUUCAGGUGCAUUGGCAAGCGCUGUAUCAAAGCUAUGGAUUAUCAACAGCAGAGAUGAUGACGUUGCUUGCAGUUGGACAUGGCAGUUCCUUAUUUUUAGGCACAUUUCUUGGAAUUUCAUCCGAUUCCCUGGGUCGGAAGCGGGCUUCUAUUCUUUAUUGCAUUCUUCAAGCUCUAGGUUGCUUAGCAAAGUUAUCCAGCAACUACGAGGUGUUGAGCGUUGGUCAUGUUUGUUUGGGAUUAGCAAGCUCCUUGUACUUCUCUGUUUUUGAAGCGUGGAUGACAACGGAACAUGAAAAGGUGGGCUUCAAGCAGGAAUUGUUGAGUGAGACAUUCUGGAUGAUGGCUUUCGCCUCUGGCAUUGUCGGUAUAAGCAGUGGAGCAAUCGCAAAUGUUCUGAUGGAACAGCAAGCGCUUAGUGCAAGGGCUCCCUCUGUUGUAGCUGGUUUCGUGACAUUCUUGUGUUUGCUCACUAUCAUAUUUGGAUGGAAUGAAAACGUGGGGACUCUUUAUGGUGGUCUAUCCAAACCACUAUUGAACGGAAUCCAGGCCCUUCGUGAUAAGAGGAUUGCUUUGCUGGGUUUGACGCAAGCUGGCUUUGACCUGUCCAUUGCUGUGUUUUGGCUGCUGUGGACUCCCACCCUUGUGGCAGACGGGCGGGAGGUUCAGACUGGCCUUAUUUAUGCCUGUUUGAUGGGCUCUAUGAUGCUUGGGAGUUCAAUUGCAGCAUCUUUCCUUUGUGGCCCUUAUAAUGUCAUACCUGAAAUAUAUGUCCCUUAUGUCCUCUUUGUUGCGGGUGCAUCUUUGAUCUUGCCAGCUUAUGAUUAUCAGGAUAUUCCUGUGCUGGUGACUUGCUUUAGCGUAUUCCAUAUCUGUGUUGGCAUUGCCUGGCCAUCCUUGGCUAGACUUCGAAGCAUCUACAUCCAAAAUGACCGACGUGCUACAAUGCUAAGUCUGUUUCGAGCACCUGUUAGUGCAAUUCUGCUGCUAAUUUUGAUUAGAGGAGUCUCGUCAACGAAGUUCGAGAACAGUACUGUCUUCAGCAUUGCUAUUCUGGGCCUUAUGUCAGGUGCUGCUUGCAUUCGUCAAAUUGCACAGCUGCGACCAGCCUCUUCCUAUGACAACCUGAACUGGAGGCAUCGCUCAGAUGUAUAAUACCCACUUUGUUUAUAACAGAUUGACCAUUUUUAGUGACGAAGUUUUGACUUUGGUGAAAUUAUGCCGCCUCAGUUUUGCCCAUCAAUCGUGUAAAUGCUACCUAUGCUCUGAGAUAAGAUUCGAGCGAAAACAGAGACCUCGGAGUGUCUCAUUUGCUUAUUUCACUCCAAGGCUUUUGAUCGACUCCUCGUUUCAAACAGACGGAUGACCAGUGCAUAUGGUUUCAAAAGCAUCAGUGGCCACAUCCUGACCAGGAUUCUGAAAGCUCGGAUUACUGCCCCAGGGGAAGCUUCACACUUUAGUGUUGUUUUAGUUUCAAUUUUGAAUUCCAAAUAAAUUAAAUUUCUAGAUAUCAUUCGUGUAUAAGAGCUUUAACUUUUGUUGGCCCCUACUCCAAGUGGGUCAGAUGCGAGAAGAACCGCAUUGAACAUUGUUACCGUGUACUCACUUGUAAGUUUGAGAAUGAACAAGACAGGAAAGAAGUUCAAGCCUUGAUGAUUUCCUUUUACUUAA